AUGGGUGCGGGAAAAGGAGGAGACGGCGGCGGUGAGGCGGCCGCGGCGGCGCCCGAGGCCGCGCAGCCCGUCGUACUGAAGAUGGACCUGCAUUGCGCCGGCUGCGCGCACAAGGUCAAGAAGGCUAUUAAGCGCGUUCCUGGUGUCGAGUCGAUCGUGACGGACGUCGCGGCGAACAGGGUCGUCGUGGCGGGGACGGCCGACGCGGGCGCGCUCAAGGCGCGGCUCGAGGCCAAGACCAGCAAGCCCGUGGAGGUCGUCUCCGCCGGCGGCGCCCCCAAGAAGCCCGCCGCCGCGGAGCCCAAGCAGGACGCCGGCACCGGCGAGAAGAAGGAGGACAAAGGCGCGAGCGCCAAGGAGAAGGAGAAGAAGCAACAGGCGGAAGAGAAGAAACCCAAGCAGGAGACGGUGCUGCUCAAGAUCCGCCUCCACUGCGACGGCUGCGCCGACCGCAUCAGGCGACGCAUCUACAAGAUCAAAGGCGUGAAGGAUGUGGUGCUGGAGGGCAAUGCCAAGGACGAGGUGAAGGUCACGGGCACCAUGGACAUCCCCAACAUGCUCACCUACCUCAAGGAGAAGCUCAACCGCGACGUGGAGGCCGUUGCGCCGCCUGCCAAGAAAGGCGGCGGCGGCGGCGGCGAGGGCAUGGACGACAAGAAAGACAGCGGCAGCGGCGGCGACAAGAACAAGGGCGCGGCCGGGGCCGGGGCGGGCGGUGACGAUAAGAAAGACAAGGGCAAGGGGAUCGACGUGUCGGCGGGUCCGUCCACGGCGGCCGCCGCGGCGUUCAUGGCUGCGCCGGCGGAGGCGAGCACGUACCACGUGGCGCCGCCGUACGGGUACGUGGCGUACCAGCAGGCCCCGCCCCCCGCCAGCUACUACCCUUCCUACCCGUACUACGGCAAUGGCGACGGCAUGGGCCACGCCAACCCCUCCUACUACCACCAACCGCAGCAGCAGCAGCCCGACGGCAGCCAGCAGCCGCAGAUGGCGUACCCGCCGUACCCGUACCGCUUUGACAUGGCGCCGCCGCCGCAGCUCUUCAGCGACGAGAACCCCAACGCCUGCUCCGUGAUGUGA